AUGACAAUCAGCACACUAUUCACACAAUCAAGUCCGAAAUCACAAGCAGUAGCAGCAUCAUCAGUGUCCUUGUCGCCACCCGCAUCACUUCCUAGCUCUCCCCGCAAUACAACGACACCACCAGAGCCAUCCACUUUAACCUCCCAUUUUGUUCAGGCGCUGCAUGAUUAUCUCCCCACAAAUGCUCCUACCGAUGAAGCCGUCUCCUGCCUCUUCUUUCGAAAGGGUGCCAUCAUUGAAGUAUUCAACAGAGAUCCUUCAGGCUGGUGGGAUGGUGCCUCAAAUGGUGUCCGGGGUUGGUUUCCUAGUAACUAUAUCGGGAGAAUCGGUGAAGCUACACGCGAUAGCGCUGAUUUCGAUGAUGAAGAAUCACAACAACAAUGGGAAUCUUGGCGUAAAGCAAUCCAAGAGGCCGAUGGUGCAUAUCAUCACCAACAUGACGACCAUCAUCAGAGUCGGGUGGAACUAGCACGUGCAUUACUUGAUGAAGAUCGAUCGAGAAUCAGAGAUGGCAACAACGACGAUACGGCAGCAGCAGCAGCAACAGCCUAUGAAGAAUACAACAAUGACAACAAAUGGGAAAUGUUGAUGGAUGAUGUAUCUCGACGUAUGUCUGAGCUUGUAAAUGCAGCAACAACAACAACUUUAUCCAACAGCAAUAGCAUCCCUUCUUCAGGGGAAGACAUUCAGGCUCACGUUUUCCAAGUUGUAUCAUCCAUUCGUGCAGUGCUAACAGCUGCCAAUGCCGUCAGCAAUGAUUCACCAGUACUCAAAACACAUCCUGAUCUUGCACGUCAACGUAAAAUCAUCCUGAGCACACUUAGCAAGCUUGUAUUGAAAGGAAAGGAAUGGCAACAACAACAGCAACAACCAUCCAUAGCAUCAGCGGAUGUAUCCAGCCUUGUGAAUCAGCUACUUGCCGAGUUGGAGAUAUUUGAAGAUCACCUUAAGAAUGUACCCGAGUUUUUCAUUGAGUAUUAUGGGACAUCGCUUGGCUCCGUGUCACCAAGAUCUUCGCUGAUAUCGGCCGAUUCAUCUCAUUCAUUUCGACAUAUGCAAGCUUCAUUGGCUGAUCCUAAUCAACGACGCCUAUCCAGUGCAUCCUUCAUUGCUCGAGUAGUACCAUUUUCAGAUCCACGACACAUUUUGCAGACAUUAUUGGAACAUCAAGCAACUAUCAGCGAGCUCAUGUCAUCCUUGUGGAUCACUAUUGAACAAUUCUUGGCCCAAAGACAACGUGCAUCUGAAAUGUUGGAGACGACACGCAAGGCUGUGGAAGCAAUACGAACGUUUCUGGCAGUGGUAGAACACGUGUGUUCCCAUGUGGGUGACAUGGAUUACAAACAUUGCUCUGUGAUACCCGAGGAUCCACAUUUGGUAGCAUUGGUCCUUGCCAAAGAAUCCGUAUAUAGCUCCAUCACCAAUCUGGUUACAUCCGUGCGUACGUUGGCUGGUCCACGUAGUAGUAAUGGUCGACAACAACAACAUCAUCACCAACAACAACAACCCAGCAAAGCUGAUAUUGAGCAAUUACGUGAUAGCUGCGAAAACGUGGUGCGCACGACACAUGAAAGUGCAGCUUGUGUACAAAUUUGCUUGCAACAAAGUGGAGAUACAGCAGCUGAUAUUAGCAGUGAAUUACGUGAGCGAUUUGAGCAGUCAAUUGAUACGCGGCGUAAUCAAACACUCAGCAUUCUUGGUUGUAAAGCUACCAGCCUUAACGUUUUACAGCAACAAUGCGACGAUAACGACGUUGAGUCUCUUGCCAUUACUCGUCAAUCCACAAAUACAGUAUCCACACGUACCAAUAGCACAAGCACUUGGCAGCAACAGCGUCAUUCGGGUGAAUCUACAGCCACUUUGCUCACCACACCAGAAGUCAUGAGCCCUGUCAAUGAGCAACAACAACAUCCAUUAGCUACAUUCAAUGGACCACUUCCUCCACCACCUCCUCCACCAGCACCUUCAACGAAUCAUCCCAUCAAACCGCCAGAAUUAAAGCUAUCCACAUCCAAAUCAACACCAACAUCGGAUCAUCACCAUCAUCAAAAGAAGCGCUCUUUGCAUUUGUUAACCAAGCAUCACAACCAUCACCAUGAUACCAUGGCAACCACCAACUCCGAUUCUCGACCACAGAUGCGUAGAACAUCGUCUUGGUUAUCAGUCAAUGGCACUGAACGUAGUUCACCAUCCAAGAAUGAACACGAGCCAUGGUUUCUAAGACAACGCGUAUUCUCGGAGGAUGAAAUGAUGUUGAAUAACGAUGGCCAGGUGACAGGUGCCACCGUCGAGGCAUUGGUUGAAAAGCUAACGCAGCAUGAGAAGUCACCAGAGUUAUUAUUCCUUCGAGCUUUCUUUUACAACUUUCGCCUAUUUACUACGCCCACCAUCUUUUUGGAAUUACUUAUCAAGCGUUUUGAUAUCCAACCUCCUUCACCAUCCUUGUCCCAAGAUGAAUGGAAGUUGUGGACAAACCAUGUCUUAAUACCUGUGCGAUUACGUGUGUACAAUGUCAUCAAAACUUGGCUGGAGACAUUCUUUUCUUACGAUACCGAUGCAUGCAUUGAGCAACCAUUAAUCGAAUUUGUUACUGGCUCGCUGAUGCAAGUAAUGGCUGCACCAGGAAAGCGUAUGAUGGAGCUUGUAAGGAAAUGCUUUACAUCCAAAGGACAAAUGGGUACUACGCGUAAACUAUCAUACACCAGCGACUCUAUACGACCGCCCUUGCACAAGCAGCCAUCCGGUUCUCAUUUAUCACUUGCCUCUGGAACAUCACUUUUCUCGACAUUGACACUCUUUGAAGAUCACCAUUCAACUGAUUCAUCAUCAUCCUCGGUAGCACCAACACCCACCAUUGCUCGAUCCUUACGCAACACGUUACGAAAAGCCAUGAACCAGGGCAUGUUAUCAAGUGUGCAUGUCAGCGAAUUCGAACCCAUUGAGCUGGCACGGCAAUUGACGCUUAUGGAAAGCUCGUUGUUUUGCCAAAUACAGCCAAAUGAGAUGAUCGGCCAAGAAUUCAAAAAGAAGGUUGGCAACAGCACAGCUGUUCACGUCAAAGCGAUGAUCCACCGUAGCACCCAAAUCACCAAAUGGGUCUCUGACACCAUCUUGAAUGAGUCGGAUGCCAAGAAGCGUGCACACAUGAUUAAGUUUUGGAUCAAAGUGGGAGAUCAAUGUCUUCAACUACGUAACUAUAAUACGUUGAUGGCGAUUCGUUCAGCUCUUGAUUCAACCAGCAUUGGACGACUGAAGCGUACUUGGGAAUGUGUAUCGACCAAAUGCAAAGCCAUGUACGAGCCAAUUUACCGUGCAACCGAUUCACAGCGCAACUUUGCAGAAUAUCGACGUCGGCUACGAGAUGCUGUUGCCCCAUGUUUGCCAUUUUUGGGUGUUUAUUUGACCGACAUGACCUUUAUUGACGAUGGCAAUGCCAACCAUCGUAUGUCACCCAACGGUCACCAGCUCAUCAACUUUGACAAGUACAUCAAGACUACACGCAUCCUCAACGAGAUCGACCAAUUCCAAAUUCCGUAUAAACUUGCCGAGGUGGAAGAAAUCCAACGAUACUUGCUUCAUUGUCUUGAAACGGUGGAAAAGAAUGAUCAAGUAUUUUAUACCCGGAGCCUACAAUUGGAGCCACGAGAAGAAGACUUUGAUAUCAAGAGCUUCAUCUCUAACCUUGCUUAA